UUGAAGAAGUCGCUGAAGAAAUAAUCAUACGGAGGGCUAGCAUUUUGAUAACGGUUAUUAACGGACUAAGGAAAGUAGGUGCGAACUAGACCAUUGCGUUGCAUUAGAGUACCAGUGAUGUAAAAUCAGCAGGGUAAUAUGAUUUAACCCGAAGGCAGCAUUCCUAUGCAUUGACUGAGACACUGUAAAAGGUGAAAAUAAUCAGAUUUGCAGACAUGGCUAUGGGAGUUCUUCCUCUGACCCCAAUAAUGGUCCACUCCCCACUACUGUCUUCUGAGUCUCCAUCUGAGACGAGUCUCAAUAAUCAAACCAAGACAGGCCAAAUGAAGACUGAGUCCAAGGUCAGCAACAUGAAAAUGCUAGAACCAGGGAGAAAGAAACUGAGCUCUUUGGAAACACAAAGAAUUGUGGCUGUGUUGGAUGAGACCAUAAAAAAACUACAGCUGGUAAGCCUGUUCCAACAUGCAGCUGACAGUCUAGAACGAUUCAGUGUGGUUUUUGGUUCAGAGUUGACAGGUGCUCUGCGUGAGCACAAGAGGUUACAAGGUAGUUUGCAGUUACAGAUGGAACUACUUGAUAGAGGAAAAGCUGAAGAAAACAAAGAUGAUCUGACUUCACAAGACGAAAAAGACCUUGCGGUUUCUGACACAUCUAAUAUGCGCCUUGCAAAAAUACGUCAAGGAAUUCAAAGCUCUGUGAGGAACACCUUGAGGCUCUUCAUUACCAACCCACCUGCCAGCAAAGCACUGAGAUCUGAAAGCCAUGUGCUGGAUCCAGCUUCCCAGGAGUUGAUCCAGAUCCUGUCAGAGCUGAGAGGAUUGCUAUAUGAAAUGCUUCUGACCAGCCCUUUGGAGCAGAAUGAAAGGAUUCAUUAUAUCCAGGACAUAAUACUGCAUGACCUCAAAAACAGAGAAACAUUGGCAGCUUUAGAAACACAACUGAAUGCAGCAAUCCUUGAUCGGGACUCGGAGAUUUCUAAGAAGAACAAAAUCAUCUGGCAGCUAAAGAACAACCUUCGGCAACUAGAGAAUAUUUCUGAGAACCAGGUGAAGCGCAUGCAGGAAGAAGGCGAAAAGCAACAAAAGGCAGAGAGUCGAAUCUCUGAGUCCAAAUGCUCAAAACUUCAGCUAGAACUGCAGCAACUAAGAUCACAACUUAAUGCUUCUAUUGUAGAACACCGUGAAGUAGAGAUGGCCCUGAGGAAGAAGAAAUAUAAAGUGGAGACUGAAAUUGAAAACUGGAUAAAAAAAUAUGACAGUGACAUGGGAGAGAAGCAGGCUGAGUUGGAGAGCCUGGAGACUUUGUAUAUGGAGGAGAAAUCACAGCUUGCAGAACUCCAGGAAAAGCUGGCUGUGUUGGAGGUGGAGUAUGACCAGAUAAUGGAAGAGAGGCGGCUAAAACAGUUAAAAAUGGAGGAAGAAGCAAGGGAACUGGCCAACAGGACCAAGGCUGCCAUCCUCAUUCAAUCUUACUGGAGAGGUUUCCAGGUCCGCAGGGAAAUGAAAGGCAAGAAGAAGAAGAAGGGAAAGAAAGGAAAAGGCAAAGGCAAGAAAGGGAAAAAGUAAUAGUGUGGUUUGAAAUAGUCCUUAAACCAGAUCCCUGACAACUCAAUCGCAUUUACACCAAAGACCCUCCCAUGUGGAGCAAGGCACUGUCAGUUUAUAGGUAACAUGAUCUUUAUUGUCCAAAAUAUGAAUCUUUUCAACUUCAUCAGUUCUAUUACUCCUGUGAGGCCUACCACUCCCCUACAUGAUAGGCGUCAUUUUAUACCACAUAUUGUACCUAUAAUAAAAUCACCUAACAUUACUUGAAUUAUUUUAAUGACAUAUGUCUUAAGAAUAAAAAGUCAGUAACACAUUAAUAAAUAUGUAUUUUAAAUUUUAUAAA